UCGACGAACAGAGACCGCCACUUUCUCGUUGUAAGCGCUGUCAUUGAUGACAAAAUAAGAGUUAUAACAAUAUAGACAUAUGCUGUCCCUGAAUUCUUAGCCAAGAACAGUUCUUAGGUAACAUUGUGACACUUACAAGGAUGCCGUCGAUCAAAAGCUGUCGACUGGUGUGUCCCAACAACACACACGACCCUAUCCCCCUCCCCGACGGAGAGCCUGUACACCUGGGUAGGAGUGAGGCUACACGCUGUAUCGAUCCCCGAUGUUCUAGAAAACAAUUGGAGGUGACAGCGGACUGGGCAUCAGGGGAAGUCUCUGUUAAGCAGCUGGGAGCAAACUCAUCGGCCAUCGAUGGAAUAGAACUAGAGAAGGAUAGAGUAUGCAAGCUUCCAGAGGGGGGAACUAUAUAUCUUUUAACAGGGAUGUAUCCUCAAAAAGUAGAAUUUAUUCAUGAUCCAACCCCCAAGUCAAUGACUGGUAGUAAAAAUCAGAAAUGUGAAAACAAAACAACAGAGAAAAAGAGAGAAUCAAAGAAAAGACCUGCAUCGGAGAGUUUAGAUUCACAUCAAAAUUUGAAAAAACCUCGAAAAACUGAAAAAGAGAAACAAAUGAACACUUCUGAGAAUGGAUCAGCUGAUAAAACUGUAGAAGAGGAUGAAGAAGAUAUAAAAAAGCUGGAAGAAAAGUUAAAACUUCUAAAGAAAAAUGCAGCUGACAAAAAGUUUGCUUUUGCCUCAGACAGUGAAGGUUCACAACCCGAUAACAAACAGAAAGCAACAGAUGUAAAAAAGAAACUGAAAGCUGAAAAGGAAACAUUGUCUUCAAAAUCUUCUUCACCUGCCACAGCUAUGAAAAGUCCAUCAAAAGGUCCCUCCUUGUCCAAAACCUCACCAUCAGGACCAAUGAAGAAGUCCCCCCAGAAAUCAGAAGGGCCCCCAGCUGAGGAGACAAAGUGGCAGCAGUUUGAGAAACUGUAUGUUUGUACCCGGAAAGGAGUUAGGGCCAGAAAUAAGGUUGCAGGAUUUGACAUAGAUGGCACCAUCAUCACCACACAGUCUGGGAAAACUUUCCCCACCCACCCAGGGGAUUGGAGGAUUCUUUAUCCAGAGAUUCCGGGAAGGUUGAAAAAGUUACAUGAAGAUGGUUACAAGAUUGUCUUCUUUACUAACCAGCUGGGUGUUUCUAAAGGGAAGACAUCCAUUGAUGAUCUAAAGACUAAGUUUAGCAGUGUUCUGGACAAACUUGGUGUCCCAGCCCAGAUUCUGAUCUCCACGGGUGGAGGAAUUUACAGAAAGCCAGCCAGAGGGAUGUGGGACUUCAUGUGUCGGAAAGGAAAUGACAGUGUAAGAGUUGAUAUUGAUGAAAGCCUGUAUGUUGGAGAUGCUGCUGGUCGGCCAGAGAAGUGGGCAGCUAAACGGAAGAAGGAUUUCUCCUGCAGUGAUAGACUGUUUGCAUUGAACAUUGGAGUGAAGUUUUACACCCCUGAGGAGUUUUUCAUGUUCCAGAAAACAGCUCCUUUUAACAUGCCAGAAUUUGAUCCUAGGGCAAUAGACACCAGUGCGCCCCUUCUGGACCCUCCCAGUGCGUCCAUCACCUCCAAGUCCCAGGAAGUGGUCCUGUUGGUGGGGUUCCCAGCCUGUGGAAAAUCCUUCUUUUCACAAACCUACCUGAUUCCCAAAGGAUAUGUACAUGUCAAUAGGGAUACUCUGGGAACAUGGAAGAAAUGUGUGGACAUGUGUGCUAAAUCCCUGAGACAGGGACAGAGUGUGGUCAUUGACAACACCAACCCAGACAAGGAGUCCAGACAGAGAUACAUAAAUUGUGCUAAGACAGCGAAGGUUCCCUGUCGGUGUUUCUAUUUUACUGCAACUAUUACACAGGCUCGGCACAAUGAACGGUACAGAGAGAUGAUUGACAAGUCGCACCAACCAAUCAAUGACAUGAUCAUGAAUACAUUCAAAUCAAAGCUAAAAAUUCCUGAGUCAUCUGAAGGCUUCACAGAAAUUGUACGGGUUAAUUUUGUUCCAAAGUUCAAGGACUCUGAAAAUGAGAAGUUGUACAAGCAAUACCUGCUGGAAAAAUAAAAUGUGGAACAUUUUGUUUUUAAUUACUGCAUGAGUAGUCAAAAAUAAAUUAGUUUUCUAGAAA